GCAUCAGUUCAGCAGUGCAGCUGAAAAGAACAGAUCACUAGUCUCGGCGACCAUUUUUGUGAGAUCCAGGCAAGUCCAGCUCGCCUCACGGGACGGGACUUCGCGCGACGAACGAGCGUCGAUGUAGCUUCCGUUGACUUUGCGCGAGCGACCGAGAACACGAGGAGUGAGCGUUCGCGUUCGUCGAUCGCGACUACGUCGAGCGACGUGAGAAACACGCCGAUGAAAGUCUGACACUGUCGGUCGGCCAACAUGUUGUCGACAAUACGCCGCCACGAGAUCGCACCGUGCGAGGCACGUUCAGCGGAUAACAAGUGAUUGACUUGAUCGCGCUCGCGCGAAGGAGGAAGAGGAGUGUUCCCGUGGGAGAUCCGGGACAGUUCCGCGCAGUUCCGUGCCGGCGAACGUGGUGAAAUCGCGCGACAGAUACAACAUCUGUGCCCCGUCGCCUGUGAUUUGCGAAGUCACUCGCAUUGCUGCUGCCGCGGCUGCCUCUUACUAUGCGGGCGUUUCGCCGACGGGCUCUCACUAUCGGCGCGGCCCCGUAACAGUGUAUUAAUUGAUAAUUGACGAGGGAAGAAGUUAUCGUUUCGCUGCUCUCGGACCGUGCGAUCGGGAAUAACGGGCGCGACAAUGGCUGCGACCUUCGAUCAGUACGACAAGUCUAGCUGGUACUUCGGUGCUAUGUCGCGACAGGAUGCUUCUGACUUGUUAAUGGGUGAGAAGGAAGGUGGUGUAUUUUUGGUGCGGGAUAGCACUUCCAUACAUGGUGACUUUGUGCUGUGUGUAAGGGAAGAUAGCAAAGUUAGCCACUAUAUCAUUAACAAGAUCCAACAAGGAGACCAAGUUCGGUACCGGAUAGGUGAUCAGAUGUUCCCUGACAUUCCUAGCCUUCUGGCCUUUUACAAAUUACACUAUUUGGAUACCACACCACUGAUCAGGCCUGCUCUGAAAAAAACGCAAAGGGUAAUCGCAAAGUACGACUUUGAAGGCAACGAUCCAGAUGAUCUACCCUUCAGGAAAGGUGAAAUACUCACUGUGGUGUCGAAGGACGAGGAGCAAUGGUGGACGGCUAGAAACAGUCUCGGCCAACUUGGCUCGGUACCUGUCCCGUAUGUUCAGAAAUACGACGAGGACAGCCACAUGAUAAUAGAGAACAAUUCACGACCGGAGAGCGGCGGUAGUUCGGGCUCCAACUCAAAGUCGGGGUCGGACACUCAGGUAUCGCAUCCAGAAGCGACACAGGCGGGCCAGGCGACGACCACGACCGUCACGCGAAGAUCGAACAUUCAGAGAACGCUACCGGCAUUCGCGAAAGUGAAACAGGCGAGGGUGCCGAACGCGUACGACAAGACCGCGUUGAAGUUGGAAGUAGGUGACAUAAUAAAAGUGACAAAGACUAAUAUUAACGGUCAGUGGGAGGGCGAGCUGCAUGGCAAGGUUGGGCACUUUCCAUUCACGCAUGUAGAAUUCGUAGACAAUGAGACCGGCGAGGACAAUCAGGAGAUUUAACAGAAGUUCUCCAAGUGCGAUGCACCGGGCGUGUGACAAAGGGGAGAGAAGAAAGAGGGAGAGAGAGAGAGAUAGAGAGACUCCUCCUGUAUUAUCAAUUUAGGUUACUAUAAUAACACCUAUUAUAUGUACCAUCGCGUAGAUGUGCUUACAUUGAGGUCCGAACAAUCACGUUACGUUCGAUACUGCCGCCGUCGCUAUAUACUCUACACGCUGAACAAACCCCAGGAUUCUUGUGCAAUACGGCGGAACAUGGAAGACGCUUAGAGGUUCACAUGGUUAGUACUCCCCCCCCCCUCCCGCAGUGUGUUAAUGAUUUAGUCACGCGUCAAUUCACAAUGUCUUACGUUACAUUUCGCUAAUUGCCCAAAGCACGAUCAUAAUUUUUAUGAAGUUUUAUUAGAUAUAUAGAUAUGUAAAGUGAAGUUAUAUAUGUUAGUAUGAUCUUAUAAUUUUAUGGAAAACGGGAAAAAAAAUCAUGUUUCAGAGAUGGAGAAGCAGCAAGCGCAAAUGAUUUUCUUUUUAACGCAAUAUUUAUAUAUGCAUAUAUAUAUAUAUAUAUAUAUAUAUAUAUAUAUAUAUAUAUAUUCUAGCGGUUUUAUAAUUUACAUUUUUAACAGAUCAAGCUGCGCGUGUAUUCUCACCUCUUUUCUCUUAGAUGUAUAUUAAAGUAGCGCACUAGUUUAACACUCACGUACACGUAGAUCUUUAUUGUUUUAUCGAUGGAUUUAUUGAACGUUCCGAACUCUAACGGUUGAGCGCACGAAGUUCUCUAUUCACGCUCGAUUAAGAGCAACCCACCACGGACUUGUUGAUUUUAUGAAGGAUUAUAUUGUCGACGAUAAUAAGCGUAUAAGUUAUAUCACGAAUUCUCAUAUUUAUGGAUAUCGCAAUGAAGGAAGGCAUGCUUCUCUCGUGAGACGUUUUGUUAGUAGGUGUACGUACGGUAUGGUACUACGGCUAUAUUAUUCCCGAGAUUGGGACAGGUAUAUUCCGCGCGCUGAAUAUAUAAUGUCUUCUAGUCAUACAGUGACUAUGAUGGAAAGCAUACUGUGCAUUUGUCAUUGUUUCGCCGCUGUGUUACUGACGCUUCCGAAUAUUGAAAUGUACGACAAGGAGGAGAGAACGACGAAACAGAGCUAAUUUCCGCGCAUGCUACGCAGAACGUCUCAUGGUACAUAUAAUAGCUGUUAGCCAUAGGUUGUGCCACAAAUGGAGCAACAAUCGUGUGCUAGAAAUUUGUAUUUAUAUAGAAUGAUGGAAAAGUUAAUUGUAUUUCAAAGAAUCGUUCAUAGUCGUACAGGACGCUCGUGAUCGUCGUCGUCGGGGAACUUUGACUUGGCGGUUAACUCGUGCAAAUAAAACUAAUUUUCGCUGGAAAACGGAUAAUCGUUUCCGGUGCGCGUCCGCUGUCAGAAUAUCCCUCCGAUGGCCGACGAUACCAGCUUGUAUACUGGGGCUAUAUACAAUAAAUUCUCGUACAAUAUAUUGUAGUACAUACUAAAAUACCCCAAAUGAGAAAGAAGCAAGCUUGUACCAUCUCGAUCAUAUUUACCGUCUCAUCGUAAUUUCGCGAUGCGAAUCUCUCCAUCGUAAAAAAUGAUUAAUAGUUCAGUCUCACAUCACUCGGUUACCUCACUCUAAAAUAUGUGCAUUUGACAUUUCCAUCAUCACGUCAUCGUCAUCUCAGUCGCAUAAGUUCUCCGCAAUCUUCCUAAAAAAAAAAAAAAAAAAAAAAAAAAAAAAAA